AUGGGGGUGUCCGUGCCGGGUCCCGUGGCCGCCGCCGCCCCCGCGGCCGGCCGUGAGCCCUCGACGCCGGGCGAGGGCGGCGAAGGCGCCGUCGCUGCAGCCUCAGGCGCGGUGGUGCCGGGCUCCGUGCAGUUGGCACUGAGCGUCCUGCACGCCCUGCUUUACGCCGCGCUCUUCGCCUUUGCCUACCUGCAGCUGUGGAGGCUGCUUUUGUACCGCGAGCGGCGGCUGAGUUACCAGAGCCUCUGCCUCUUCCUCUGUCUCCUGUGGGCAGCGCUCAGGACCACCCUCUUCUCCGCCGCCUUCUCGCUCAGCGGCUCCCUACCCCUGCUCCGGCCGCCCGCUCACCUGCACUUCUUCCCCCACUGGCUGCUCUACUGCUUCCCUUCCUGUCUCCAGUUCUCCACGCUCUGUCUCCUCAACCUCUACCUGGCGGAGGUUAUAUGUAAAGUCAGAUGUGCCACUGAACUUGACAAACACAAAAUUCUAUUGCAUUUGGGCUUUAUAUUGGCAAGCCUUAUCUUUUUAGUGGUGAACUUGACUUGUGCAAUGCUAGUCCAUGGAGAUGUCCCAGAAAAUCAGUUGAAAUGGACUGUGUUUGUUCGAGCAUUAAUUAAUGAUAGCCUGUUUAUUCUUUGUGCCAUCUCUUUAGUUAGUUACAUAUGCAAAAUUACAAAAAUGUCAUCAGCAAAUGUCUACCUCGAAUCAAAGUUAUUACCUGAGGUGAGUUCCCAUCCAUGGGACAGCCAAAACCUGAAGAGCAACCUGCUGUUUUACUUGCUUGAAGAAUUCAGAAGACAAAAUUCAAGUAACUACCACAGAUGGAAAGGUAUGUCUCUGUGCCAGACUGUCGUUGUAGGCUCUGUAGUCAUUCUUCUCUAUUCUUCAAGAGCAUGUUAUAAUUUGGUGGUGAUCACCAUAUCUCAGGAUACAUUAGAAAGUCCAUUUAAUUAUGGCUGGGAUAAUCUUUCAGAUAAGGCUCAUAUACAAGAUGUAACUGGAGAAGAAUAUAUAGUAUUUGGAAUGGUCCUCUUUCUGUGGGAACAUGUGCCAGCAUGGUCAGUGGUACUGUUUUUCCGGGCACAGAGAUUAAACCAGAAUUUGGCACCUGCUGGCAUGAUAAAUAAUCACAGUUAUAGUUCCAGAGCUUACUUUUUUGACAAUCCAAGACGAUACGAUAGUGAUGAUGACCUGCCAAGACUGGGAAGUUCAAGAGAAGGAAGUUUAUCAAAUUCACAAGGGUUGGGCUGGUAUGGCACCAUGACAGGGUGUGGCAGCACCAGUUACACAGUCUCUCCCCACCUGAAUGGACCUAUGACAGAUACUGCUCCUUUGCUCUUUACUUGUAGUAGUUUAGAUUUGAACAAUCACCGUGGCUUAUAUGUAACACCACAAAACUGACAGCAUUACCAAGUUGUGAUUCUUCGGUUGUUUUUCAUGAGUGUAUAUAUUCAACAUGCUUAAAUGCCAUCUACAUAAACAUUCCAUUAUCAUUUGCAACUGAAAACAACACCUGGAAAUGUGGCUGUGUUCAGCAGAGGACACGGCUAUUACUUUGACCUCUUCAUAGUAAAAUGAAGUUAACUGGAACGUUUGAAGUGGGAGAAACAAGAGAUUAGAUCUUACGGCACUCGAAGGCCUCCAUACAUCUUGACUUUGGAACAUCAAAUGCAUAUUUGCAUAUUUGCACUUUUAUCUUUGUUCUGAAGAGUACACUGCAGUCCCCGAAGUCAUAACUCCAGUGUUCUCCCUGGGAUACAUUGUUCAACAAAUUAGGAGGCGGUUUUCCUAUUAAAAUCAAAGUCUGUAUAUUCAGUGGUGUACUCGAUAUGGCAUUCUUACCCAAUAAAAAUUUUAGUGUGAAAAGUGCACAAAAUUAAGGCAUAAAAAUGUAUUAUUCUUUUAAAAGUUAUACUAAAAAUAUGUAAUCAUUGAAGAUACUUCUUCUAAGCAUGAUCAUAAAAUACCAACUGAAAUUAUGCAAUCAUUUUAACAGUGAUGAGGAGCAGUGUUCUUUGGAAAGCCACAGUUAUGUCUUCAAGAAGAAAGUAUACCAGUGAAAAUUAUGUGGUUACUUUGAGUAGAACUGGUCAAGUGGUUAUUUUGUAUCACUAAGAUAUAUAUAGUAGCUUAAGCAUGAUUCUUCAAGAAAGCAAUAGUGGUUUUUGCAUAGGGAGAUUUUGGUAGAAACUUCUUGGGACUAAACAGGUUUACAGAUGCAUUUAAGAAUUAUUCACAAAAUAUAUAAUUCUAAGUUAAAACAUGAUUACAUGUUCAAAAGCAUUUGAUUUAGCUGAAACAAGAUAUAGCUGAUUUUACCUAAAAAUCACGAUUGUCCUCAGGUAAAUUAAAUCAUGAUACAUAAUUGCAGUGAACUCAAGUGCAAUACUUAGUAGGACAUAAGACUUCCUUUAGUUUUCACAUUUUUAAUCUUGUAUAUGGGCAAAGCCAAAUUAUAUUUAAUUUAAAUUAAUUCCAGCACUAGAUAAAUAAGCAAACUGAUAUAAAGGUACUAAGUAGGUAAGUAUAAAACCAGUGAUUAACAAUAUUGGAAUACUUUUUGAAUUAUAUUGAAAAUGUCUUGAAUGUCCUAUCUCAUUUUUAAAAACAUAUGUGGUAGGCUAAGGUAAUAGAGAAUUUAAAAAUGCACUUUCUACCAGUGUCUAUAUUGAAAGAAGGAGAUGCUGAAUACCUCAAGAUACCAAGGGAACAGGCACCAUUGGGAAGUUGUCACAACAUACUUAAAGACACCUAACUUUAUACAAUUGUCUGAUCUCUUCCUUCAGAACUAGAACUAAGACAACUGUCUUUUUCUGUCUCCUACUUUAAUUAGAAAGUUACGUUUUACUUCCACUCUUGCUUAGAAUAGCUCUCAACUUUUUAAUAAUUGAUGCAGUAACUUCACAAAAGUAUAAUGGUAGAUGAAACCCCAAGGAAUAAAUGAAAAUUUUAAUGCUUUCCAUCUUUUGGGAGGCUGGUACACAGCCAAAGAAACUUUAUCAUAAAACAAUGACUGAAUUCAAUCAGAAGCAUACAUCUGUAGUUGUUUCUUAGGUUUAUUUACAAGGUCUCUUAUUGUAACCAAAUUAAAGAUUGAUAGUACAGAGUUAAUCCUGGUAUUUACAUGACAGUGUAUUAUGCACUUGAGAAUAUUAUGAUUACAACUUCAUUUAAUAGAUUUCUUUUCAGAAUGCCAACUAUUUAUUUUUCUAAUGUUAGCUAUCUAAUUAUCUAGAGCUAUCUGAAAAGAUCUGUGUUUUCUUGUUAAUCGCUGGGUUCAAAUAAUUUUUUUUCUAAUAAGGUUUCCCUAAAUAAUGUUCCUAUUUGACCAGAUAAGCAAAGACUACUUUUAAAAAAUAUUUUAGAUAAAGAAACUUGGUUCUUUCAGCUGCAUUAGUUGAUUCUUCCAAAUCUGAGAUUUAUAAACUCAUUCUUAUCAGACUAGGAUACCUGAAUUCUUACAUUUGUCUCUUUAUACACGUCUCCCAUGUUACAUCACCAAAGACAACAAAAAAUAAGCUUCUGGCCCAGUUUUUGCUUGAAAAUUCCAAAGCACUAGGAGCACUUUAAGUUUGGUCUUGAAAGGAACUGUUUAUAAAAUCAAAGGGCUACCGAUUCCCUGUUCAUCCUGCACUGAAGCACAUGAUGACAAUUUCAAACCUUCCUUUUUGGUUUAUUAAUUAGAACAGUGUGUUUCAUUGCUUAAGUGUGUAAUUAAUUCUACAGUGAUUAGCAGUACUUGUUUUUAUAAUUUCAUUUGGGUGGCCAUUAAUUUUGAAACUCUUACCACUCAUUAUAACUGGUUGUAAUUUUAUGAAAGAUGUAAUUUAUAGCUAGUGGCUUUUUUAUGCAUAGCUGACUUUUUUAUUGUUUAACAGUGUUUCCCAGCUAUAUAAUCAGUUUCAAACUGGUUGUAAAAGUAUAGCUGUGGCCAAUGAAUGUAUUUAUUUGUCGUCUCACUAAAUUGUAACA